AUGACUUCAAUCAUCAAACUGGAAGUGAUCUCUGGUGCGUACGAUGACCUGCCGGUUUGCUACUUGCUGCAAGUUGACGAGUUUCAUUUUCUACUCGAUUGUGGUUGGGACGAGACGUUUGACAUGCAUAUAAUCGAAACGUUGCAGAAGAGAAUCCAGCAGAUCGACGCCGUGUUGCUGUCCUUCGCCGACAUACCCCAUCUCGGCGCUCUGCCCUACCUAGUUGGUAAAUGUAAUUUGAACUGUCCGAUAUACGCCACGGUGCCGGUCUACAAAAUGGGUCAGAUGUUCAUGUAUGAUUGGUAUCAGUCGCAUCAGAACGUCGAGGACUUCGAGGUGUUUUCGUUGGACGAUGUUGAUGUGGCGUUCGACAAAGUCCAGCAGCUGAAGUACUCACAGAACGUGUCGUUAAAAGGGCGUGGUCAUGGCCUGCAGAUCACGCCGCUGCCUGCCGGCCAUAUGAUCGGGGGUACGAUUUGGAGGAUCACAAAGAUGGGAGAGGAGGAGAUCGUGUACGCGAUCGAUUUCAACCACAAAAAGGAGCGCCACCUGAACGGCUGUUCCUUCGAGUCGAUCGUCCGGCCGAAUUUGCUAAUCUUCGACGCCUUCAAUGCCUAUUACCUUCAAGCCCGUCGUAAGCAACGGGACGAGGCGCUGCUGACCAACAUUCUGCAGACGGUUCGCAACGGUGGUAACGUAUUGCUGGUGAUCGAUACCGCAGGCCGGGUUCUGGAAUUGGCCCAGCUGCUCGACCAGCUGUGGCACAACGCUGAAGCUGGCUUGAUCGCGUACAACUUGGUUCUUCUGAACAACGUAGCGUACAAUGUAAUCGAAUUCGCCAAGUCACAAGUCGAAUGGAUGAGCGACAAGAUCUUGCGUUCGUUCGAAGAAGGGCGCUACAAUCCGUUUCAGUUUCGGCACGUGCAGCUAUGCCACUCGUUGGCCGAGUUGGCAAGAAUCCAUUCUCCAAAGGUUGUGCUGACAAGUCAUCCGGAUAUGGAAUGCGGCUUCUCGAGGGAGCUGUUCUUGGAAUGGUGCGUCGACCCGAAGAACAGUAUCAUCGUCACUAGCAGACCUCAGUCGAACACGCUUGCUUCACGGCUUAUAGCACUGGCAACCACGAAGGACAUUGUGCCGAACAGACAAGUGACGCUGGAGAUAAAACGACGAGUUCGCUUGGAAGGAGCGGAGCUGGACGAAUACUGGAGGGUGAAGAAAGAAAAGGAACAGCAGGCGGCGAGACAACGACUCGAAGCGCAACGGCGGAGUAACAGAAUUGAAACUGUUGAGUCCAGCGAGGACUCGAACGACGAAGAGGUUGGCGUGGAAGACGCCGCUGAGUACACAUACGACGUGAUGUUUAGAUUUGAGCAACAACAAAAGGCGAGCUUCUUCAAGCAUGCAAAAAAGACAUAUCCUCUGCUGCCGUUUGUGGAGGAAAAAAUCAAGUGGGAUGACUACGGUGAAAUCAUCCAUCCAGAAGAUUAUAUGAUCGUCGACACGGCUCUUCCGAUGGCAGAUAUUAAGCGUGAACGGGAUCCAUUCGAAGGUGAUACGGCUCCACAAGCAUCCCCUGAAAUGGGCGUAGUCGAGGUGCCAACCAAAUGCAUCCGUUACGUUCAGAAGUUGGAGGUGCUGUGCAAAAUUGCGUACAUUGACUUUGAAGGUCGUUCGGAUGGUGAAUCAGUGAAGAAGAUUUUACAGCAGAUCAAACCGAAACAGCUAGUUAUUGUCCACGCCCUACCAGAGGCAACGCGACAUCUGGCAGAUUACUGUCGCAACACUCUGAGCCUGGUGCAGGGCAAGGUCUUCACGCCACGGGUAGGCGAGGUCAUCGACGCGACCAUCGAGAGCCACAUAUACCAGGUGACGUUGACCGACGUGCUCAUGAGUUCGCUCGAACUGCAACCGCUGAAGGACGCCGAGUUGGCAUGGGUGGACGCAAGGGUGGUUAUUAACAAGCAGUUGUCAGACUUAGACGACGUCAAAAGCGAUACCGGAUCGAAACGUAACCAACUAGCCGGUCAUCGUUCGAUUAAAGACGAAGAAGAUUUCGACAGAGAUAGUCGCUUGGAAACACCCACCCUCGAUUUCUUACCUUUUACCUCGAUUCCUGCGCAUACGUCCGUUUUCGUGAACGACCCAAAACUUUCAGACCUCAAGCAGUUGCUCAUGCUUAAUGGUUUUUUAGCUGAGUUCUUUGCUGGUGUACUCUACGUCAACAACGUGGUGGCGAUCAAGAGAAACGAAAUAGGCAAGCUAAACAUUGAAGGUUUCGCUUGUGAUGACUUUUACAAAAUUCGUGAUAUCGUUUAUAAACAGUACGCCAUCGUAUAG